AUGAAAUUACAAUUGGAAACUCAUCAAAGUAAAUUGAUGCCUCUUUCAAUCCUAGACAUUGCCUGUUAACUGCCUUUGAAAAGAAGUGGCGGUAGUGCCUAGAAAAAGGUGCAAGGCUCUUUCUUAUCUGGGAUAAACAAUAAAACAAAUUCUGCUAGAAUGGAUGAAAAAAAUGAUCGCCCAGCAGCCAAACCUGAAGAUGAACUAACUGUAUCCAACAUCUCAGUCCAAAUGGUAACUGCAGAAGAUAGAUUGGCAAAGAGGAUUCUGGCAAGGAAAAAACAUGGCAAAUUGAAAUUGAACAAAGAAGAGAAGCCAAUAUGGAAUUUUCAAAGCAACAAAAUCAUUCUUUUUACCCUUGUUCUAUUCAUUUUAGGCAUUAUAACCUGGACUUUACUGUGGCUCUUCAUUGUUCAGGCACAAAACAAAGAUGCCUUGUAUUUUGUUGGAUUGUUUCGUGUUGCCAACAUUGAAUUUCUUCCAGAAUACAGGCAGAAGGAGUCGAAAGAAUUUCUCUCUGUGGCACAGAAUGUGCAGCAAGUGAUGAACUUGGUUUACACAACCUCUGCUUUCUCCAAAUUUUAUAAGCAGUCCACUGUUUCGGAAGUCAGUAACAACAACAAUGGAGGCCUUCUUAUUCAUUUCUGGAUCGUAUUUGUAGUACCACAGGCGAAAGGCCAAGUGCUGUGUGAGGACUGUGUGGCUGCCAUCUUAAAGGACUCCAUUCAGACAAGUAUCAUCAAUCGGACCUCAGUGGGAAGUCUUCAGGGCCUUGCAGUUGACAUGGACUCCAUUGUAGUAAGCGCUGGUCUUCGAUCAGAUUAUUGGUCAACAACGGGAACAGGAACAAAUUGUAUGUAUGAUCUGUAUGCUGAUCACCUACAUGAGCGCUUUCCUCUGGAUGUCCCUGCUACUUCAGGGGGAACAAUUUGCUAUUUUAAACUGAUCGCAUUAGUGGGCCAUCUUAUUCGUCUUUCAAUAGUAUCCCUUCAGAUUGAAGCAGAUAACUGUAUCACUGACUCGCUAACCAUUUAUGACUCUCUGAUGCCAAUCAAACAUAAGAUGCUCUACCGAGCUUGUGAACCAGCCGAUUCAUUGGUGUCACUUGUGUCCACAAAUAAUCUCAUGUUGAUAAUAUUUAAGGCAGCACAGAUAAACAAAUGGAAGGAAUUCCAUGGAUAUUUUGAGGUCAUUACACAAGAAAAGUGUGGAAAGAAAAUAUUGACAAAAGAGAAAAUUGGCUAUGAAGGGAGGAUCAUGAGUCCGUAUUAUCCAAGCUAUUAUCCUCCAAAGUGUCUUUGCGCGUGGAGCCUCCAGACUCCACAAAAGAGCCUCGGUAUAGCACUGAAGUUUCAUAACUAUACCAUAAGUGAGAAGAAUAUUAAAGGCUGUGAGCGAGGAUGGUGGAAAAUUAAUGAGCACAUGUACUGUGGUUACUAUGUUGAUCACCAAACGGUCUUCCAUGUUGCAAGCUCUGCUGCUAAUAUUGAGCUUCAGUGCAGUUCCAAGCUCUCAGAGAAGCCACUUCUGAUAGAAUAUGGCAGCUAUAACAUCAGCCAGCCAUGUCCACCCGGAUAUUUCAAGUGCUCUACUGGCUUAUGCAUCGAGCAGGUGCAGCGCUGUGAUGGGAUAAACAAUUGUUUUGAUGAAAGUGAUGAACUCUUUUGUGUUGUCCCUGACUGGAGCUGUAACUCUAGCUUCGCUGUACAGGACAGCUUGCUUGCCUGCAAUGGAGUAAGUGAUUGCGAGAAUGGAAAAGAUGAGCAGAACUGCACCGACAGUAUUCCUUGCACCAAUCACACAUUUAAGUGCAGGAAUAACAUCUGCAUUAGGAAACAAAAUGCAAAGUGCGACGGGACUGUGGACUGUACUGAUGGAAGUGAUGAAAGCAGCUGCAGUUGUGGCAGUGGCAAGAGCAGCGACCUGGUCUCUCGGAUCGUGGGCGGUAGAGACGCGCAGGAAGGGGAAUGGCCCUGGCAGGUCAGCCUGCAUUUUGCAGGAGCUGCUUAUUGUGGGGCAUCCGUGAUAUCCAGAGAAUGGCUCGUCUCCGCAGCUCACUGCUUCCAAGGGAGCAAGCUGGCGGACCCCCGAGCGUGGCACGCUCACCUGGGGAUGCGAACGCAAGGCCGCGCCAAGCUGGUGUCCGCCGUGAGACGGAUCGUCGUCCACGAAUACUACACCAGCCGCAACUACGACUACGACAUCGCGCUGCUGCAGCUAAGCAAGCCCUGGCCGGAGGCCAUGAGCCACGCCAUUCAGCCCGUCUGCCUGCCUCCCUCUUCUCGCAGAGUCCGCAGCGGUGACAGGUGCUGGGUAACAGGUUGGGGCCAAAAGCAAGAAGCGGCAGAGGUAGAAAUUAUUGACCAAACAUUAUGUCAUUCCACAUAUGGGAUAAUCACAGCUAGGAUGUUUUGUGCAGGGCUAAUGUCCGGGAAAAGAGAUGGCUGCAAAGGUGAUUCUGGUGGACCCUUGUCAUGUCAAAGCAACGCUGAUGGAAAAUGGUUCUUGACUGGCAUUGUGAGCUGGGGUUAUGGAUGCGGAAGACCAAAUUUUCCUGGUGUCUACACAAGAGUGUCAAAUUUUGCUCCAUGGAUUCACAAAUAUGUGCCUUCAACCUUGUAAUCUGAAAACUUUUAUGCU